CUCAGCUGAGCUCAUAGGAAGGAAGAGAUUUGGAGAAAGCUUCUUAACCUAUCUCAGAGGGAUACAACGCGUGAUUUUGGUUGGUUAGAUUCGUAUCGGUAAGAGCUUCGCGCUCGGCUGAUAUUGAUUUGGUAUUUUUGAUUCGGAUGUGAUGUGACAGAGGAAUAUUCCAGCAUCGCUGCUUUGUGAGGAUGGCUGGACGGAGCGGUGGCCUUUCGGAUCGCAGCUCAAAUGCCGCUUUGUUCGCCGUCCAGACGUGGAUUGAUACUUCAUUCAUGUGCAUCUGAAUUCAGUCUGUAUAAAGACCACGAGCGCAGGUCUUCAGCACCGCACGCAGCACCGCACCGAGUCCACGGCGUGGAGUUCUGCCGCCUCUUUUCUAUCAUUCCCUCUUUCCUGUUUUCGCAGUUCUUUCUGAGAUGAAUCCUCCUCAGCUCUCUGUGGUGUUGGUGCUCAUGUUGGCCCAGCUGUGCACGUCUUCAGGAGGUUGUCCAUCUGGGUGCCGCUGCUAUAGUUUGACUGUCGAAUGUGGAUCCACUGGGCUCAAAGAGUUCCCACAAGGCAUUGCACACGGGACACAGACCAUCUUUCUGCAGGACAAUGCCAUUGGACAGAUCCGUCAGCGGGAUCUCUCUGACCUCGGCCAGCUGCACUACCUCUACCUGCAGAACAACAGUAUCUCCACGCUGGAGGCCGGGGCCUUCAGAAACCUGGGUCUGCUUCUGGAGCUGGCGCUCAAUGGAAACCGCAUCCACCUGAUCACAGCUGACGUGUUCGGUGGUCUGGACCACCUGCGCAUCCUCUACCUCGCAGGAAACCAGAUCACCAGACUCCAGGACUACACCUUCAGGGGUCUGCAGCGGUUGCAGGAGCUGCAUCUGCAGGAGAAUGCGGUGGAGGUGCUGGGAGAUCAAGCUCUGGUGGGUCUGUCAUCUCUCGCUCUUCUGGACCUGAGCAGGAACAACCUGAGGACCCUGAGCCCCGCUUCACUCAAACCCCUCGUCAGCCUGCAGGUGCUGAGGGUCACAGAUAACCCGUGGCGUUGUGACUGCGCUCUGCACUGGCUGCGCGGCUGGAUAAAUGAAGAGGGUCAGAGGCUACUAAGCUCAGCCGAGCGUCGGAUGCUGUGCGCCGAACCUCCGCGUCUCUCCCAUCUCAGUCUGGUCGAGGUUCCUGCAAACAGCCUAAUUUGCAUCCCCCCCAUAGUGCAACUGGAGCCUAGCCACCUGACGGUGCGUUUGGGGGAGAGUCUCCGUGUGUCCUGCCAGGCAUCCGGAUACCCGCAGCCACAAGUCACCUGGAGGAAAGCGUCCCACGGAAAAGCCCAGCUGUCUCCCAGAGGUCUGGUGCAGGAGGUCGGGAUGGACGGAGAUGCCAAGACCAUAGGGAGGUUGGUGACGGCCAGGCCUGGUGGAAAAGGAGGGUCUGCGAGCCGCGGGCCGGUCAGAGGAGGAACCGAUGAUGGAGGUGACCGGGAAAGCUUCGAUCCCGACACGGGAAGUGGGAUGCUGUUUCUCAGCAACGUCACGGUGGCGCAUGCUGGACGCUACGAAUGCGAGGCCUGGAAUCCCGGCGGAGUAGCUCGGGUGACCUUUCACCUGUCGGUGAACAUGUCUUCAUCGUUGUCCCGCUCGGAAAUCUGGCCUCGACUGCAUUCCUCAUCUUACUAUCAUCCUUCUUCGGUGGAUGUGAGUCAGGAACCGAUUUAUGAGCUUGAAAGCAUGGACUUCAACGCACUGGGAACCGCGACCCAGACGGCCAUCGCGGUGGGAAUCUCUCUUUUGGCGUUGACAGCGUUGUUGCUUCUCUGCAUGAUUUACAGUCGUCACCGCCAACGGCAGAAAGAGGAGGAUGGAUAUGGUGCCAGCAAAGAGGAAAGCAUCCUCUACGUCAAUGACUACUCCGACGGUCCCACCACGUUUGCUCAACUUGAAGAGUACCGGGAUGAACGUGGUCACGAGAUGUUCGUGUUAAACCGUGCCAGACCGGUUCUUCCUCCCCCGCCGUCCUGCAGCCAACAGGGGUCGACGCUAAAGGCCAGUGAGUGUAUGCUGACCCCGGGCCUGGCCGCAGGGAUCGGACCCCGCAGGGCUCCUGCAGAAGGAGGCGAAGGACCUCCGCUUGAUCCUGAAGGGUUGUUCAUGAACCAGAGCUUGCUGUUUGAUACGCAGAUCGCUUAUGAGAUCCACUGCUGAACUGGAUCCUUGGACAGACUUCAAGAUUCUUGCCAUCGGAUGUUAUCCUGCUGAAUUUCCUUUCAUUCUGAGAGCACAAAUGUAUUAUUUUUUUGUGUGUGUGAAAAGCAUUGAAGGAAUAAUAGAUCUAAAAGCUGGGGUGUGUAGUUUCAGUGCUACCGAAAGGAUUUUUGCAAAAAGUCUGAAGGUCAAGGAAGUGGAGUCAGUGUUGCUACACUCUUCAACAUAAAAGUGAAACUAAAGAAGAACCAUUUUUGGUUGCCCUAAAGAACCUGUCAGUGAACAGUUUUAUAAAAUAUAUUUUUUGUUCUUAGUGUGAAGAUCAUUUUAAUUAUCUAAAGAACCUUUUGAGCAAUGCAAAAAUUAAAGGUUCUUUAUUGGCAUCUAUUGUUCCAUUAAGAAGCUUUAACAAUCAUGAAACAUUUUCAUUCCACAAAAAACGUUCUUUGUAGCAAAAAAAAAAAAAAAAAAAUAGAGUCAAUUUUCUUCACAUAAAGAGAAAAUUGUUCUUUUAAGAACUAAUCUCAGAAAGGUUGAUUUUGGGAACCCAGAACUGGUUCUUCAUUUGCAUUGUAACUAAAAAACACCUUUGGGAACCUUUAUUUUUAAGCGUGUAUAUUGUGCGGCUCAAACAAGCAGAGAAAACAUCAGUGUUUACUCUCUUUGGUGAAAUUAACCAAUAAAUGGCUAGUUAUAAUCAUCUCUUGGAUUGCACACAGCAGCUUUGAGGGAAUAGUUCAUCCAAAAAUUAUUACCAUUUGCAUUGUUUUCAUGAUUGUUUUGUUCUAUAGAAUCACAAAUGGAGAUUUUUUUGAAAGCACUAUGAUACAUUAUAAUGUUAUUUUCAAAAACAUCUUCCACUUUCCAUUUUGCAGAUUUAACUUGUUCUCAUUUGUGUUCCACAUAGGGAAAAGUAAAAGCAUAUGAGUUUGGAAAAUUAUAGAAUUUAUAUAUUUUCUUUUUUUUUAUUGACUUUUUCAACAGUGAUGGGGUGCAAGGGAACAGAGAGAAAAGAUAGUUGUAAAGUUAAACUGCAAAAAUAGAUCAGGAAGAAAAUGCAAGUGAGGAUACGGAGAGUAAAAAGUGUUUCCAAGAGUAGUGCAGUGAAAUAACUCAUUGGAUGUAGGUUAGCACUGAAAAGAUUGAGGUCAGUGAAGACAUUUAUAUUAUUACAACAGAUUUCCAUUUCAGAUAAAUGCUGUUCUAUUAAAUUUUCUAUCCUGAAAAAAAAAAAAAAAAACAAUUAUCACAUUUUCCCCAAAAAUAUGAAACUUCACAGCUGUUCUCAAUACUAAUCAUUUAUAUAAAUAAUUAAAUAAUUCCUUGAUAGAAAAUAAGCAUAUUAGAAUGAUUUCUGAAGAAUCAUGUGGCACUGGAGUCUGGAGAAUGAUGCUGAAAAUUCAGCUCUGCAUCACAUGAAUACAUUACAUUUAAAAAUAUAUUUAAAUAGCAUAUUUAUUCACAAUAUUAUGUCUUUACUUUAUUGUUUACUAAAUAAAUACAGCCAUGAUGAUCCCUAUGAGACUUUCUUUAAAAACAAGAUGAAUAAAUGAAUACAUUUAUCAUUUUUGCAUGAACUAUUCCUUCAUUAACAGCGCAGGUUAUGGAAUGAGAGCAGUUACCUACCUUUAAAAGAAGAGGUUACAUGAAACUACCAAAAACGGAUAUAUAUUUUGUCUUGUGACUGUGAAAUGAAGUGAUCCAGGCUGAGGGUUUGACCUCUUGGACAGAGACUGAGGACAACAGCAAAGAACAUUUGUCGGGACGUCCCUGUGUCCAGCGUUAUGUGUCAGGCAGUGUGAAUAGCUUAAUGUCUUUCUUCUCGCAAAUGUUGUCUACAUAUUUCAAGUAUCCUUUCUUUUCUGAUGCAUUCCUGAUGUGCAUUUAUGUGUGAACGGCAGGCAGCAGAAGAAAAUGAAAUCUGCUGUAAACAAGACCCAAAAGCGGUUGGGAGGUUUGUUCACUAGCCUGGAUACAAAUGAAGCAGUCGCAUCUAUUUCCCGUCUGAAGCUCGUUUGCUCUCCUCUUGACCUCUGGUGGAAUAACACUGUGAAUAAACAAACAGGACUCUACAUUCACAGCUAGCUUUUGUAAGUUAUUAGAUAUUCCAGUUUCUUUCAUAUAACAGGGUUGUUUUGAGUGAGUAUUUUUUCUCUUCCCCAGCAUUACAUGGACUAUUGAGUAGUGAACACAUCAGGGUAAACUGUAUAAUUAUAAAGCAUUCAUUUCAGCUUGUGGGAACAUCUCAAGGUGUUAAGCUUCUGCUGAACAUUACAAUAGAUUGUGUAUUUCUGUGAAAUGUCUAUCAAAUAUCAACCUAUUUUAUCCGAAUAAAUUAUGCCUUUAUUUGAAA